CAGCGUGGCAGCGCAUCGAUGGCAACAAUCUGCUCUGAUAACACGUGGAUGAUAAAUCAGUGCGUGUUUCGUGUGCAUCCGAAUUAGGGACCUGUGUCGUUAUUGGCUUGUUGGGGUUUAAUGGAAAGUACCGCAGAAGAACCAACCCCGUUAAUGAACACGUUCAGAUCUGAGAGAAAGAGGGAGAAAGAAAGGGGGAGGUGGGCAGUCUGCGAAAACCGAGACGCUGUCCGCGGCACAGAAUCGCCUCUUAAUCUGCCUACCAGGUCCAUUAUUUUGUCGUCCUUUUAUUUUUUUUUCCAUGAGCUGUGUUCGCACCUGUGCGCACCCAUGAUCGAUGACCUCAAUGAUGAUGGAGCUCCGCAGUCUCUGCCGCCGGAUUUAGACGAACAAACCCUCCCACGUUGUCACAGUUGGUCAGCGUGAUAUCAUGGAAGAAGGAGCCGCUGGAUUGUUAAAGGCUGAGUGACAAAAUGUUUCUGAAGACAUCGUGCGUUACGUUGUUUCACAGGUUACCUACCGACUGACCAGCUCCAGCCAGAUUCAACCGGUGACCGUUCAUCCCCUGAGGAAUUUUAGAGCCCUGUAUGUAAAAACAUGAACUGUUGUAAUUUAUUUGCACUUUAAAAAUUGGUGUUUAUAAUCCAAGAAGAGCAACCACCUCCUUCCGAGGCAUGGCUGGUCUGAUUGUUUUGGUCAACUCCGUGCUCCUGUUGCUUUUUGGCAGCGACAUCUUCUUAGUAGGAGCGAACCGGCCCCCUGCCCCUGUCAAUGUGUCUGUUAUGCACCUGCGAGCUGAUUCAGCAACCGUGUCCUGGGAGGUUCCAGAGGGGGAUAUAAUAAUAGGAUUCUCCAUCUCACAACAGAGGCAGGAUGGACACAUGCAGCGGUUCAUUCGUGAGGUCAACACCACCAGUCGCUCUUGUGUUCUUUGGGACCUGGAGGAAGAGAUGGACUACAUUAUCCAGGUCCAGUCUAUUGGGUUAUAUGGGGAAAGCCAAGCCAGCAAGAAAGUUCACUUUCGCACCCUCAAAAAAACGGACCGGUUCUCUUCCAACAGCUCUAACCAAGAUGACCCCACCGUGCAGGGCCUGGACAAGUCUCGGCAUCUUCAGACAGGGGAGAUGAUCAUAAUUGUCGUGGUCUUGGUCAUGUGGGCAGCUGUUAUAGCCCUGUUCUGCAGGCAGUAUGACAUCAUAAAGGACAAUGACUCCAGCAACAAUAAGGAAAAGGUCAAGCCGUUGUCGGAGAGGAGCACGCCGGAGCACCAAAGCGGAGGACUGCUAAGGAGCAAGUUUCACCCCUCUGUGCCAUCCAUAAACAUCAUUGAAGUCUGAGAAGAAGAGGGCCAAACUUGAACUACUACAUCUUCAACUGUUAAUGCAUUUUUUAUUCUCUCCCCGUUGAGAAAAACACUCAGAGAAAAGCAGAGAAGAUGUGAGCUACUUAUAACGCUUUGAUUGAUGAAAGGGUGUCAACAGACUGAUAUGCAUUAGUUUUAUAUUGGGGAAAACACAUACAUUUGUGUUCUGACACAGACACACCUUAGAAUUGCUGAAAAACUGUUCCCCUGCAGAUUAAUAGGACUCGAUUUAAUGUUAAUCCAUGGUGCAGAAAACACUAAUGUCUUUGCUGGGUGUUUGCUUUAUGACUGCAAUACAAAACACUGUAACUUAUCAUCUCUGGGAGGCGUAUCUUUGUGACGCUUAACACGCAGCGUAUUUUUGAUAUUGGCUUGUGCAGUUACAUACUCUGUUCACCUCUUAUAGACAAGUGCGAGUACUGUUCAUAUACUGCUUGAACAUUAUAAUGCUGUGUGGUUACUGUGAGUAGGGUCUGAAUGGGAGACAACAUUUGUGUUCACAUAAAAUCCCUACAUUGUUUCUGUUAAUCCAAAUUGAACUGCCGUUUCUGGAUAACACUGUGUGUUUUCAUAUUUCUGAUAUAACAAACACAUUUUAGUUUGCUAAAAUAAAGUUGCAUGCAGGGCGAGUAGAAAACCAACUGAUAUAGAUUCUAACUUAGACACUCAAAAUGGAGAUACAUAAGCCAAGAAGCUUUGUUGUAUAUUUAGUUAGUUUGCUUUUAGAGAAGGUUGCCACAUUUAAACAUGCAGUGCAUCUUUAUUGUAAUUUCCUAAACACAUUGUUUUUCCUGAGGUAUAAUAAACUUUGUUUUGAAAUGUCUCAUUAUUAAAAUGAAACUGAUGUAAUAAAGUCUCACUGAAAAGCUA